GUCUAUGCCCGUGUCCAAGUUUCGGGUCGUGUUGUACCUGCGUCUUAUUACUCCAGUCUUCAGCCGUGGGAUUUGUUUAACAGCUCCAUUAAAGCGUAAUUAUUCAUAGACAUAAUUCAGAAAAGAUGCACUUAGAAGCUCUGAAGGCGAUAGUCCUCGUCGCGAUGCUCGUCUGCACGUUUCUCUUCAGCACGGCGCCGCUGCUGUUCGUGUCGCUCGCUAGGCGCAACAUGAACUUCUCGAAGCACAGCCCGCUCAUGCGCUCGGUCGGCUUGCUCAGCUGCUUCGCCGGCGGCGUGUUCAUGGCCACCUGUCUGCUCGACCUCUUCCCGGACGUGCGCGACAAGCUCAGCCAGGUCUUCGACAGCAUGAACUGGUUCUCGUCGUUCCCGAUCGCCGAGUUUGUGAUGUCGUUUGGCUUCUUCCUCGUGCUGAUAAUCGAGCAGAUCACGCUGUCGUGCAGGGAGAGCGGCGCGACGGCGGAGACCGGCAGCCACCAGCACGGCCACUCCCACCGUCAGUCGCAGAGAGCGAAGCCGCGCCGCAGCCUGCUGUCGUACCGCGCCCCGCCGACGCCGACGCCGCCACUCUCCAGGAAGGCUCUCAUGAGUAACAUCCAGGAAGAGUACAACCACAGCGAGGACGGGGCGAUGCACGACGGGGCGACGGUGGCCGGCGCGAGAACGCCCUCAAUGUUAGUCGUUCCGCCUCCGCAGGCGCAGCACGCAGACGCAGCCACGCCGCUGCUCGGCGAUGCACAAAACAACGGAGCGUGCCCGCGCGGCUGCAGGAACCGCUGCUGCCGCCCGAGCAUCGUCGGCAUCAGCGACCAGCCGCACCCCGACACCAACGCCACCGACAACGUCUUCUACAGCUCGGUGGAGAUGAACAGUCACCUGAAGGCGGACGACGAGGCAGGCAACGACGACGUGCGCUCGUUCAGCCGCUCGAUGAUCCUCGUGCUCGCGCUCUCCGUGCACUCCGUCUUCGAGGGCCUCGCCGUCGGCCUGCAGUCGACCGCCGAGAGCGUGCUCGACAUCUUCACGGCGCUGAUCCUGCACAAGUGCGUGCUCGCGUUCAGCCUCGGCCUCAACCUGAUCCAGAGCGACCUGUCGAUGUUCGGUACCAUCCGCUCGGACGUCGUCUUCUCGGUGACGUCGCCGAUCGGGAUCGCGAUCGGGAUGGGCAUCACGGACGGCAGCGACAGCAGCCAGAGCACGGCGCUCGCCGCGGGGCUGCUGCAGGGCAUCGCGUGCGGAACGUUCCUCUACGUGACCUUCUUCGAGGUGCUGCCGCACGAGAUGAACUCGAGUCAGGAUCGGCUGCUGAAGGUGCUGAGCAUGAUCGCGGGAUUCAGCGCUGUCUGCGGCCUGCUGAUGCUGCACUCCAAUGUCGUGCGUCCCACCUGCUACCGGGGCGCCGAGCCCGUGUAGUGAGCGCAGGAAACGACGACAAGUGCCUAUUGUUGCCCUCAUGGCCUCGGUCGAUGGCCACUCGUGAUAUGCUUUGCUCGUGUGAUCCAGUAGAAUUUCGGCCUGUGUUGUCUUUCUGAUAAUUAAGUCAGUGGCUGUUUUGUUUAAAGUGGAUAAACCUCACAGCUAGAUGCAUAUAUAUAUACCAACUGUGAGCUCGCCUAUGUUGCAAA